GAACUGUAACCUGCGAUUGAGAGCCCUCUGAGAAUCGAUAUAUUCAGCAGCAAUGCAGGAAGCAGGAAAUAACUAAAAACUAUUGGCAUGACCAUCCAAUCCUCAAAAAUUACACGUUUUAUAAAAAAUGAUAAGAUGAGCGAUAAAAUGAGAAUGAUAAGAGCACUAAAAUCUUACAUAUCUUAUAUUAUAUAGGUAGAAUUGCUCGGAAUUCAUGUUAAUUGCAAAGUUCAAUAAUGACUGAACCAAUUAUACGGAAAGCUAGAUGUGAAGAUUGUGAAGCCAUCAGGAUGCUUAUACAGGAAUUAGCAGAUUAUGAGAAGAUGCCUGAUGGACCAAAAAUUGAUUAUAAGACUUUAGAAAGAGAUGGCUUCGAUGGACAACCAUUAUUUCUCUGUAAUGUGGCAACAUCUAAUGAGAAAGUCAUUGGUUAUACUAUCUAUUAUUAUGCCUAUUCUACAUGGGUCGGAAAAGCUAUGUAUCUAGAAGAUAUUUAUGUGACACCAGAGUUUCGAGGGAAACAUGUUGGCAUCAAGCUUCUGAAAUCUGUUGCAAAAGAAGCAGUUGAGAAUAAUUGUAACAAGUUGAAUUUCGUGGUUCUUAAAUGGAAUCCAGCACAGGAGUUUUACAAAAUACAUGGAGCUAGUGAUUUGACAUCGGAAGAACAGUGGCAUUAUUAUAAUUUCUCUGAUGCAGAUUUAAAAAAAUUAGCAUCUGAUUCUGAAUAAUAUAAAAAUUAAAAU